AUGGGUCAAGCUUUUCGGAAGCUCUUUGACACCUUGUUUGGAAACUCUCAGAUACGGGUUGUGAUGGUUGGUCUUGACAACGCGGGCAAAACAACUAUACUCUAUAAGCUUCAAAUUGGAAAAGUUAUAACCACUAUACCUACUGUUGGUUUCAAUGUGGAGAAAGUCGAGUAUAAGAAUGUUGAUUUUACAGUUUGGGAUGCUGGAGGCCAAGGACUAUAUAAACUAAGGCCACUUUGGAAACACUAUUUCAACAACAAUGAUUGUCUGAUUUAUGUUGUUGAUAGCACGGAUCGUGAGAGAAUUGAUCAAGCAAAGCAAGAAUUUCAGAUAACCAUAAAAGAGCCUACGAUGCUUAACAAUAUUAUAUUGGUGUUUGCAAACAAACAGGACCUGAAAGGAGCGAUGACGCCGACGGAAGUUUGUGAAGGACUAGGUCUAUUUGAACUAAGGAAUAGAAAAUGGCACAUACAAGGAACUUGUGGCCUUAAGGGAGAUGGUCUUUUUGAGGGCUUAGACUGGUUGGCUUCAACUCUGAAGGAGAAAAAGGCUGCUGAAUACUCUUCAAUAUAA